CAAAUCUAUCCGUUUCCAUUCGAAAAAAGAAAAUUAGGGUUACGGUUUGUAUUCUCUUGGCCCAAAAAAGAAAGGGGAAGAAAAAGAAUAACCGUUCCUUUACGAUGCAAUCCUAUGCAGUUUCGGUCCAAGGCAACAGCAAGAAGCUCCACUCUGUUCCAAGAAAGCACAACAUCUCAAUCCAAACCGGCAACGAUGGAGAGAACCCGACGUCGGAUGCUCAGGUCGCCGGCAAGAAGCUCCGGCGACUCCCGCACGUGUUCAGUCGCGUCCUGGAGCUCCCCUUCCGCUCGGACGCCGACGUGGCGGUGGAGGAGGCCCCCGACUGUUUCCGCUUUGUGGCAGAGAGCGAUGGAAUGUGCAACGUGAGGGUGCACACAGUGGAAAUCCAUCCCGGCCUCACCAAGAUCGUGGUGAGGGACGGCGGCUCGGUGGAUCAGCUCGAACUCGACAUGUGGAGGUUUCGGCUGCCAGAAUCCACGCGGCCGGAGCUCACGAGCGCGGUGGUUGCCAACGGCGAGCUUAUCGUCACGGUGCCGAAGAAGCAUAAGGAAGAGCAUGGGGAUGAUGAAGACUCGUGCUUAUAUACAGUAUAGUGAAAAAUG